AUGUCAUCCCUUCUCUCUUUCGUCCUCGCAUGGACCAUUUUCUCGCUCGCGGUAUCCGCGUCCUGUCUCAACAGUGCCCAACAUGGGAAGAUCGGCUUUUUCAGCAAAGCCCCUCUGGCCUUCGGAUACACCCAUCCGUCUCCCUCGGAAUGUGCCAUCGAGUGCGAGAGCUUGAGCACUUGCCAGGCAUGGCUCUUCACUGUCAACGGCAAGGAAUGCCAAUUGUACGGCUCGAGCCCGGUCGCGCAGGCGGAGAAUAUGGGGUUCAUCUUGGGACUGUGUGGUGAGGAGCAUGCUAAUACGCCAACUGUUUCGUCUUCAUCCAAGCUGGUGCUUGGGCCGUCGUCCUCUCGUGGAAUUGUGUCUGCUUCUCAUUCUUCUGUCGCGGCGUCAAAUGUAAACAAAGCUUCCGCAGACCAUCUAAAGCGGCAUCAGCACGAGCACUUUGGGCACCACCACCAUAACCACCAUUAG